CGGUAGGUUUUCUAGGGGAACACGAAUGGCCGAAAAGAGGCUGCGAUAUUUUGUUAUUCGCCGUUGAAGAUGUCAGGACUGUCAGAAAAGGAGCGCGCCGGGUGUAGAAAGCUGUUGAGUUUAUUGUCAAGGGGUGACUUACUUUCACUCUGCGACACAGUCACAAAUAGGUUAAUAGCUGUUGAAAACACUGAAGAAGCUACCGAAACAAUUCUGUCUUUCACUCAAACUGCCGAGGCGCUUCUGAGAAGAAAGAAGGUUCAUCGUGAGUUAAUUUUUAAGUUCCUGGCCAAAGAGGGGGUCACGAUGCCUCCGAACAGUGAGAAGCACCAGCUGGUAAAGAGAACCCUGGAGCUUUGGUCCUCUGGGAAAGCAGUGACAGGAGGUCCGGAUCAAAACUUUGAAGGAGGCAUGGAUGAAACCAAGCCGAGCCAAUCCACAGAAGCAGCCUCUGAUUCCAGUGUUAAGGCUGAGUUGGGCUUUGAACCAUUGCUCCUUGGUCAACAGUUCUGCCAGUGGUUCUUCCAGCUCUUGAAUAGUCAGAAUCCUUUACUGGGCCAGCAGCCUGAGAGCUGGGGUCCACAACACUUCUGGCCAGAUGUUAAGCUUCACCUCCUCUCCAGAACUGGCACCGAACAGACGGAGGAGUUUCUUGGUUCUGAACUAGUUAGCCUUCGACUCUUGGCGUUGACGAAGGAAGAACAUCUGCUCUUCAGCCCAAAUCUAGAUCCACGUGGCCUCAGGGCCCUGGCCUCCCCCCAUGGCUUGGUGCUGGUGGCCAUAGCUGGGACCAUCCACAGAGAAACAGCAUGUCUAGGCAUUUUUGAAGAAAUAUUUGGUCUCAUUCGCUCCCCACUUGAAAAUAACAGCUGGAAGAUCAAGUUUAUUAAUCUGAAGAUCAAAGGGCAGGAUGCUCUGGGUGGAACAGAGGUGGCAGCUCCUGUCUUGAAUUACAAUUCAAGUGAACUGCAGCUUCUCUGCAGGUGAUGACACUUCUUUUAUGUUCUUUACUUUGGAAAGGUUCAUUUGAAAAUCUUAACUCAGUUCUCAUCUCUCUUCUUAACCACCUGUCACUUUUACCAAAAGCAGUUUUCUUUUAAAUUUCUGACCUAGAAUAUAUACUUGACAACAGAAAAACGUUUCUCUUGUUUUUCUGCUUUACUGAAGACUAUAACGUUUUUCCUUGUUUAGGAAACAUGUCUUUUAAAUCUACUGUACCAUAUUUCAGGCAAUGUUAUGCUUUGAUGUGCCUUUUGUAAAAUUUAUGCAGAUUUGUUUUGUAAAUAUGUGUCAUAUAAUUUAUAUAUAUAAAGAUUAUAGUAAAACUUAA